AUGUGCAUGGGAUCGUCGGUGUAUGUAUGUAUUUUUUCAUACGUUUUAAGGACAGGGAAGACAUCGGUGACGUCAGCAUCAGCGCCAAGAGGAACGAUCAAAUACCUCGAGAGCCACAAGUACAACGAGUACCCAUCAUACCGAAGUUCCGAAUCUGACCGGCACAACUCCAUCUAUUCGACUCGCAGGAAAUAUUACAGCACUAUGGAUCUUAGGCAGAAUUCUGUGCCAAAGGUCAAUAAUAAUAAUGAUAAUAUUCUGAUUAAUAAUGGCAUUAGUAGUAAUUUUAAUUUAAAAAAUGAAAAACUUGUUGGCAAAAGAGUGAACAAUGUGAACAGCAACAACACUAACAACACUAACAACAACAGCAGCAGCAACAACAACAACAGCAUCUAUACGUUACGUGACAACUCACAAAUUCGGAGCACGACAUUCAAAGGUGGUGGAGACGCUGCAAGAGAUAGAGAUGAAUUUUGGAGAGAGUCUCGAAAAAGAGAUAGAGAUAAAGAGAGCAACAUCCAGAGCCACAGAAACAAUCACAAGACUAGUUAUAGAGAGUCGUCACUGUCUAAGAAAUCAACACUCAGGAUGAAUAAUGCCUCACAACAGACGACAAACAACGUUAACGACAUUUUCAACAACAACAACAACAUCAUCAACAUCGAUGACAAUAUCAGCAACAAAUAUAAACGGAAUAACAAAAACAACAACAAUAGUGAUAACGAUUAUUCUUACAAAAGUGUUGCAAAUGUCAACAACAACAUUAAAAACAACAAAGAUGACGAUGAUAACCGUAGCUACUCAUAUUCUUCUAUGUUAUUAACAGACGAUGACAUCAACAACUCAAACAACUAUAACUCCCGCUUCAAUAGCAUCAACAAAAACAACACCAACAUCAACAACAGUAUCAAAAAUUACGGCAACUCUGACAACUACAAAAGUAUCAAGAAUCUCAACACUAGCAACAUCAACAACAUCAACGACAACAACACCAACAGCAACAACAACAAUAACAUCAACAACAAUAACAUCAACAACACGAGCAACAAAAAGGUUCUUUUCCGCAAUCGCGUCUCAGUGUACAGGUUUGACAGCGACGCAGAAAGCACCGCAGACCGUGAAAUGUGGCCGCCAGCUGGCAAACAAAAAACAAAAUCACCCCUGGCGAAUGAGCCGAAAACAACAACGACGACCCUGGCAAACGAACAGAAACCAGUAUCACUGUCUUUCGGUCCAUUCAAACAGCAGAAGCAGCUGAAGCAACUACCACUACUGCAGCAACAAAACAACGAUUCAAACAUUACAAAACAACAACAUCAACAAAAACAACACAGUAGCCACAGCAAAUCAACAAAUGACUCAAAAUUAAUCACAUUUUCUUUAACGAAUUUUUUCAACAGCCUGAAAGAUGACGACAAAGUUGUCGUGAAGAGCUCCAAAAACAGCAACAACAACAACAACACUUUUAACAACAAAACAACAAACAACAACAACAACAAGAAGAUGAUCAACAAUAACGUUGAGUCAUUUGACAACCGGACGCACUUGUAUAUUGGAGAUUACGAUGAAGAUGAAGAAAAUAUAAUGAAAAAAGAAGAGAACUGUGAUGAUGAUGGCGAUGCUGAUAAUAAGUCCAAACAUUUUCAAACCUUGAACAUCUAUGACGAUGACGAUGACGACGAUGACGUUUCAAGUUUUUAUAACGCCAACAAACACAACCACAGGAAUAAAAAUAAAAAGAUUAAAAAUAAUAACCCCACCAACAACAACAUCAACAACAACAACAACGACGACUUCAUCGAACUUCCACAGAAUUCAAAUUCUCCUAGCGUUUAUUACACUACACCAGUUGGCGCUGUUGUCAUCAGCAGCAACAACAAUAGCAACAACAACGAUGUCAACCAUUACAAUAAUAAUCACGUGAAUCACAGCAUCAACUCCAGUAGCAAUGAAACUAACAACAUCGGCAACAUACAUAUCAUUAGUAACAGCAGCAUGAACAACAACAACAACAUUCCGGAUAACAGUGUAAGAAACAACAUCACCAGAUACAAACUCAUCAGCAACACUAACGACAACGAUUCAAAUUUCAAGUACAGUUACGAAUACAGCUAUGAGAAGGUUAAAACGCCUUCUAAAAAUGAUUCGCCAUUUGAAACGCAAGUCGUCGAGUUAUUUGUAGAUGAACGUCAACAAGAUGAACGCGAACAACAACAUAAACGGCAACAACAAGCAGACGAGCAACUACCAAACAUAUAUGACUCUAUAUCUUCAAGAAAUUUAAACAAAUCUCUUACAACAACUACGUCGCCGUCAUCAGCACGGCCACCGACAACCACAAAAACGCCACAGCCACAUACAUCUCCAAAAACAUCAAAAACAUCAACAUCUCAAAAUAUGCCAGCAACAUCAACAACAACCUCCACAACAACAACAACAACGACAGCAACCGACAAAUACUUCCAACACUGCAACGUCACGAACAAUCUGGACAACAUCUUCACCAUCCUCUGCAAUCUCGGCAUCACGCUUCAUCCCAACGACGUCCUAGUAAAAGCCAACAAAAACGGAACAAAACUUAGAAUAGUCAAUAAUCCGCAGUCGGCACUAAAAGUAAACCUAAACGAACAAAUCCAAUUACCGGUUCGAGUCGAUUCUUAUCGGUUAUCGGCUAAAAUCGAUCCGGCUGGGAAUCUGUUAAUAGAAGCGCCGAUCUUAUGA